AGGGCCAUCUGCUGCAUGGCUGGGAGGUGCCACGUGAUCACAGGCAGGGCCUGCCCCUGCCUGUCCCAAGAUGGCGGCAGCGGGAGGGCCGACGCGGUGACGUCAGCAGGCACGCCGGGUGGGCUGAUGCCGAGCCCGGGGAGGGCGUGAGCGUGCUUCGGGAGGCGGCUACGGCAGCCGGCGGGGGCCAAGUCAGGUCUGUUCCGCGCCGCCAGUCCCCUCGCGGCUGCUGCUGUCAGACCGGCCGCUUCCUCCCUCCCUCCCUCGCCCCGCCGCCGCCAUGGCCGGCUACGAGUACGUGACCCCCGAGCAGCUGGCCGGCUUCGACAAGUACAAGUACAGUGCGGUGGACAGCAAUCCUCUCUCUCUCUAUGUUAUGCACCCGUUCUGGAAUACUGUUGUGAAGAUUUUCCCUACAUGGUUGGCUCCAAAUCUGAUAACAUUUUCUGGCUUCCUGUUGCUUGUCUUCAACUUCUUCCUCAUGGCAUACUUUGACCCUGAUUUUUAUGCUUCCGCACCUGAUCAUGAGCAUGUUCCAAAUCGAGUCUGGGUCAUGGUGGGUCUCCUCAACUUCGUGGCAUAUACGCUUGAUGGUGUUGAUGGGAAGCAAGCGCGCCGAACGAACUCCAGCACACCCUUGGGGGAGCUCUUUGACCAUGGCCUGGACAGCUGGGCCUGCAUGUUCUUCGUAGUGACAGUUUACUCCACCUUUGGGCGGGGAUCCAAUGGUGUCAGCGUCUUCGUUCUCUAUCUGCUCUUAUGGGUGGUUUUGUUUUCCUUCAUCCUCUCCCAUUGGGAGAAAUAUAACACAGGGAUUCUCUUCCUGCCCUGGGGAUAUGACAUCAGCCAGGUGACCAUUUCAGUUGUCUACAUAGUGACAGCGAUUGUGGGAGUUGAGGCCUGGUAUGCACCUUUCCUGUUUAAUUUCUUAUAUAGAGACCUAUUCACUGCAAUGAUUAUUGGGUGUGCGCUCACAGUGACUGUGCCCAUGAGUUUGAUUAACUUUUACAAGGCCUAUAAAAGUAACACUCUGAAGCACAGGUCAAUGUAUGAAAUCAUGCUGCCGUUCUUCUCGCCAGCACUGCUGUUCAUUCUGUGCAUGAUCUGGAUCUUCAUGUCACCAUCAGACAUCCUGGAGGUCCAUCCCAGGCUCUUCUACUUUAUGGUUGGAACAGCCUUCGCCAACAUUUCAUGCCAGCUGAUCGUGUGUCAGAUGAGUAGUACCCGGUGCCAGCCUCUCAACUGGAUGCUGCUGCCAUUAGCCCUGGUCAUCUUUGUGGUGAUCUCUGGAGUUGCACCCCAUUGGGAAAAUCUUCUCCUAUACCUACUGACUGCUCUCAUUACCCUGGCGCACAUCCACUAUGGAAUAGGAGUGGUAAGCCAGCUGAGCAAACAUUUCAACAUCCGGCCUUUCUCGCUAAAGAAGCCCAGUAUGGAUUGACUAGAAGUGGAAGAAGAAAAAAUCAGCCUGCAGUCUGCACAAGUACUGUAAAUAACUGCUGGAAAUAGCCUGCACUUCAACCAUCACCACAGACCUACAUCGAUCUUCUGGACAGACACUGGAGUAGUGGGGGCUCGGCACUGGGGCUAGAUCCCCAACUGCCAUUGAGAAAACACGUACCGCCCUAUGGUGAAACCAGACGAGGGGAGUAGCCUUUCCAAUUAUUCCUGUAUAUUAGACUAGCUGAACACCCUCAAGCUCUAACUCUGCACAGGUAGAGCUGGCGUGGGAAAUGGAUGGCAUUGCUCAGAACGCAGAGCGCCUAAACCUGUCGUGGUCACCAAAAAUAGUCUGGCAGCCGAGUUAGUAGCAGUGGCCUCAACACAUCUGUAAUGGAGACAUUUGAGCUGCAGGGUCAGUGAGGAGCGUCGUCACGCACGCAGCUGUCUAGCUUUGGACCCUGUCAGAUGACCUUUGUCCCUUGAUGCUAGAGCAGUUCACCAGUGUGCACGCACACGUCCAUUCAUGCAAAAUGUUUGUUUAAAAGCUUCAAAUGAUAUUCCACUAGGAUGACUUGGAAAUUGAGGGGUUUGACUAAGUGGUUAAGGCAGCUACCCCCCAUCCCCCGUUUUUCCAGCUGUGGGUAACUGGGACCAUAUCCUGACAGUAUACUUCUUGUUAACCAUACAUUGGCCACAUGUGUUCUUUAAUCACGAGUCCAUGAAGGGAACUUGAGCUCUUAGGAGCAAUGGUUAUUUUGGGGUAGAGGAUGGCUUAUAAUCACCUGCAAGAGCUAAAAUAGCAGAUGGCCAAAUUCUCCCGUUUGAUAAAUCAGUACAACCUCAUUUAAUGCAAGAGGGUUGGCUUGCAGGGGGAAGGGGUGUCAUUACAUACUACAUGGAGCUUGUCUCACUUCAGACUUGCUGUAUGAACUACAAUUUGUGUGCACGUCCUUGUGAAGGGUGGGACAAUCUCUAUAUACAGUCUCUCAUCCCCAGAUAACUGCAUUGUGGCAAAUCCCACAUCUUGGAAAAACAGCUGAAUAGUUCUUACAACAGCUGACAUGCAUAUACACUUGUGGAUAUUUUAUUUGGGGAAAAGUAGAAGUGAUUUUUUUUUUUUAAACUCAUUUAAUUUAGGUCACACCUGUCUCGAUGGCUAGGCCACACAUCUCAUCCAGUGAUAUCUUUCUGUUUACCAUCUGUUAAGCUGUUUGCGUUCAGUGGUUUUAUUUUUUUAAUUCAUUUAAUUGAGUGGUGGUGAAGACUGAGUGCUGAUUUUUCUUUUCUGUUCCUUGUAUUUAAUGAAGAUUUGUGCUUGAAUGAAGAGUGCAACCUAAACCCAGGCCCUGGACAAGCUGCACUUGGAAGCGAGCAAGCACAACGAAUGUUCAUAUAUAAUGUAUUGUGGGAACAAAUUCAUUCAUACCGGGGGAGUAAUAUCUUGGUCAUGGUGUAUUCUUCUGUGGGUGAAAAGUCUCCUGCACUAGGAAAACAUAACUGUAAUUACUAUUUAACGCUUUUCUUUCGUAAAUUUAAAUCAUUGUCAUGCAAGUUGUACGAAACAUAACAUCCAGAAGCCAGUUCACAGCAUUUCUUGUAAAUAGGUUGGUUUUAAUUUGAACUUGAAUUCUCACUGUGGUGUCCUGUACAAGAUCAUAAGUGAUGGGUAGAGGUACACCGUGCAAGACACAUGGGGGAGAAUUUAAUUUCAAGUGGGAACAUAUCAUUACUGCUUCCAUCUCCAGGUGUUCCCAUCAUGAAUUUUGGCUGUGGGGGCGAUUGGACUAAACAGGUUUUAGUUUAAUGUGUCAUGACUACAUCAGGAAUUGGAGGAAGGAGUUCAUCUGGGAGAGGAAAAGACCUUUUAUUCCCCCCCCCCCCAGAGUUUAUUAAAUAAGUUGCUUUCUCUCUCUAUAUAUAUAACUGACAUUGUACAGAAAAAGCUUAAGUGUACAGAGGAAUUCGGUUGUGCUUGAAGUUUUGACACUCGUAACUUGAAUUCAAUAUAUAAUUAUGGGCAAAUUAACUUAAAUUGUAGUUGCACAAGAAACAUUAAGAAUUUGAAACCAGCUGUUGCAAAUGGGGUACCCAGUUUAACUAUCUGUGGAACAUUUUCUUACCGCAAUAUCCACCUUUGCGGCAGCGACAUGUUGCUGAGGUUGGGUUUUCCCAUUUACAUGCUGAUGGAUCAUGGAAUACUUGGGCCAGUUCCCCAUGACUAGUCACGCUAAGACAUUUCAGGGUCCCAAGCAUAAAGCUGAAUGUUAUGCAUUUCCUUUUAUCGCAGGCCCCAUUUCUUCUCCCCAUCCCCCACUCCCCCGGCAGCACUGCUGUGUUCAGACUGGGGUGGCAUUAACAUUGUGAGAGUUCAGACUGCAGUGGCUGCUCAAUUCCCUAAUGCUCUCUUCCUCUGGCUGCAGAGUAGUACAUUGAACUGUUCCUUUGGGCAGCGCAUGGAAACAUACCCUGCAAAAAACACCCUCUCAAUUGUGUGGAGGCUGGCAGCUAGAGCAGGACUUGCAAUCUAAACGCCUUCAUGCAUUUUACUGGCAUGUUCUUAGGCAGGAUGUCUCAAAACCUGGAGCUACCUUUUACGUGCACAGGCUUAUCUUUGGGGAGUCAUGGAAUUUGGUGCCUUAACUUAUUGCAUGUUGGGGCUAGCGAAACAUCUACAAUCAAGUUAUGCUAGAAACAAGUUUUAAGGCUGCUCAAGUUCAGGCAGAUGAGGGCAGGAUGAGCUCUAACCUGUCCGAUUCUGCUCUCUGGGCAUGUUCUGCCCCCCCAACGCAAUAAACGGUUUUCAUUUGUGCAGUUUUUAUCUGAAUGUAGUGACUGAUGCGCUUGAUGUCAUGGAUUCUGGGGAAUUAAAUGUUUGAUCAGAAACUGACAAAAUCCCAGUCACCCCACCAAAAGUGUGUGUGUGAGGGAGCAAAUCUUUUGGGUUGCUUUAUUUUUAAAGAAAACUGGUGUUUUUCUCCUAAUUCGGUCUUUAAAGAUAAACUCCUUCUCUAGUGAAGGGCUGGAUUUGGUCAUCCUUGUUCCAGUCUCUGAAAUACUGGGUAAGAAGGAGACAUGAAGGAUGGAAAUUCUUUGUUUCCUCACCCUGGCCUCUUCGUUCGUAGAGGUGUGCGUUCCUUUCUGGUGCUGAGCUGUUCGGAAGGAAUGAUACUCUGACUCAUGAGCAUAUUUGCCCAUGCUUAGAAUUCCCCUUCUGCAUAUUUGAGAGGCACUCCGUGCCCUUGUGCUUCUCUGCCAUAUAAAAGAGCCACUUGUUUUGUGUCCUUAAUUAUUGAGACCCCUGCCUUGCCCUGAGUGAGCUGCGCAGCUGCUUUUAUGAUCCUUAAAAAUGUUCGCCAGAUUAUGCCUCAGUGAGGUAAAUUGUACCUUAGCCUGGAAUAUUGGCAGGAAGAGCUGAGUCUUGGAGAAGAACACCUCUUGGCUGUCAACGUGCCCGAAUCAGGUAGUGUACAUAAGUGGCUUCAAAAUGGACUGUUCCAUGUCUUAACUUGGUUUGUCGUUAAAUCUCCACAAGCCGGUUGCCAUAACGUUUUCCUGCUCCUGUUCCUGUGCUAGAGACUAGCUGGAGCACUGUGAAAAUAAACCAGUGGCUUGCUGAAGACACUUGGACCCGUCCCGUUCUUGCAAUUAGGGGUCUUUGGUUGAAGUGAGCGUUGGAAGCCUUGGGAGCGGACACAAAUGCCAUCACCUGGCUUCUUCCGCUCAGAAACACGGUUUGUGACGCACGCAGCUUCAUUUCCAUGCUGUCUUCUUGAGCGUGUGGAAUGCAGGCUUGCACUUUGCCCCAAGCCCCCCAUCCCAUGCAACAUAGAAGUCCCAUGCAGUCGUCCCCCCCAUCCCAUGCAAUGUUUUCUGCCAACCCCCAGAGUUCACCCUCAUGACUGUAAAAUCUGGCUCAUGGGACAUGCAUUUAGCUGGGGUGCGUACGUGCAGGUUUAACAGCUCUCUGAAGUCACUGGUAUGUUAAUGAAAGUAGCUGUUGUGGUCCAAGUUAACGUCCCUCACAAGUAUUUCUGUUGCAGUUGGUCCAUCGGGUGCAAACAUUAGGGAAGGCAGGAACUGCAGUGUUGAGAUUGAGAUUGUACCUGGCCUUUCCAUGCCCGUUCUGCCCUGUAUGGUGGCUGAUCUGUGAAUUUAUCAUGCUCGCUGCCUGAUCUAGGGUACCGAUGGGGAAUCAGUCGACACAGAAUCUCAUGGCUUUUUUUAAAUGGAUGACUAACAUGUUCAUGUAGUUUGGGGGUUUUUGGUCGCUACGGCAAAAAUAUUCAGAUCUUGGGUUUCCAGAGUUAGGCUCCUGCAGUCCAUACUGAAGCUCCUAAAUAGAACUGGCCUCUAAAAAUCAGGUGUCUUCUAUCUAGGCUCCUAAACCUUAGCCCCUGGUGAGAAUGUUUUGGCCUGUUGUAACUUUCCAAAGUGACACAUCAGAUUUGUUGUAUCUUUAUAAAUAUUGCAUUUUUGGAAGCUGUGGCCCAGCUGACUUUUCCUACACGCUGAGGACUGGUCUACACUACUGCUUAAGUUGAUGCAACUUACAUCGCUCAGGGGUGUGAAAAAGACACCUCCGUGAGCAACACCAGUGACAUCGACUUAAGCAUUGACCACACUGGCACUGUCGGCAGGAGACUCUCUCCCAUCGGCAUAGUGGAUCUUCCCCAGAUGCGCUACAGCAGCUCGGUUGCAUCGGUGUAGCCUCGUAACGUAGACUUGCCCUUCAAAGAUACACCCAGUACUGCCACUUCCUAGGCACGUAACUUGAACAGCUGUGAAGCUUUUGUGGUGAACAGUGGCAUAAAAAAAAAACUUGGAUUUAGGUGAUUUGGUUUGUUUGUAAAGGAGACCUGCUCCUCUUUCCUUGUGCUGCAGCACUGGGAUGAUGGUAAAUCCAUCUGCCUGCUGAAAGCCACUGGAGAAUCUUUCUCUGCCAUGGGUGGUGUUCGUUUUAUGUGGUGUGCCUACUCACUGGGGGCAUCUUGGGCUGGUGGGUUGAGAUCAGCUGGGCUGUCUUAGAGCUUGUUUGUGCUUUGCUGAAAUGCAGAUGGACAGCAAACCGGGCAAGGGUUGUAGUAGCCAAGGGAAGCCCUUUGCUAGUACCUUGCUUGCCUUAUGUACCCAGUCUACCUCACAGCAUUGUAUUGGAGGUGGCGGCAGGCCAGGGCUGCGGAGACAGCUUUUUAUGUAUGCUGACUUGGAACGUGGUUGCGACAGAAGUUUGUUUAACCUCUUUGCUGCUGAACAAGGUCUUGAUUAAAUCAGAAAAAUCUACCAGUGCUGCGGGACUUGUCAGUGCUGCCUGUUUCCUGUCUUACGGCAGCAGCGAAAAAACUUAACAGAACAGGGAGAUUUGCAUCACGUUCUUAGCAGACCUGCGUCCCAGAGGAAAGCUCAGUUACCUCAGUUAGCCACCAUCGUGGUGUCUUACGGAAUAUGCUCCAGGAAUAAAGCUCUAUGAAUAGGUAGUGCUAGUUGUUACUAACCAGUUAAUUGUUCAGGUGCAUUUGGUUUGGAGUGAUGGUCUCGUUUCCAGAUAUAAAUCUGUCUCAUUCGCUCCAUUCUGCCAGGACCUAUUUGUUAUUACUUGACAGCUGGUCAGACUGGUCCAGUGUGACAUGCUUUUUGGGCCACAAGAAAUUUUUUCUGACACAGCAUCCCUUGCCAGGGCAGCCUUUAACUGAGUGCAGAGUCAACUAAACCGAAGGGUGUGCUUUGGGGGCAGGCAGGCGGGAGGCCCGAGCUGAAGUGCUCGGGAAGGUGACUCUGUAACAAUGACGUUGUGGGCCCCGUGUUUGUAUCUCCCAGGCUUCAAGAUCAAACGGAUCUUCUACCUGCCAGCCCUGCUCAUUCAAUCCGAGAGUCGAGCUGGGCUCUUCCCGGCUCAUGUAUUAUCCCCAGCAAUGGAGACAGUGCAGGCCACACCCUACCCUCAGUUACGCCCAUGUAACGGAGGGCAAAGCAGAGCAGAAUCCUCCUCGUUCGGGCUCUGCAGGGCUAAUGGCGUUAGAAUGGAAAAGGCUCACUCUAGUAGUUGUGGGUGGGAUUUUCCAAAGUAUCUGACUUCCAUUGGGACUUGUCACUUAGGUGCAGGUCUGUUGAGUAAGAAGGGGGCAUCUUAAUUGACUCUGAGCAUACAACUGCCUGCUCCUGCUCCCUUCACGCUUUGGGCUAAGAGGGAAGUAAGCCGCAUGACACUCCCCCCCCCCCCCGACCCUCCCCCCUACAGAAACAAAAGCUUCUGUGGCAAGUAACUGUAAUGUAGACCCAUCAUGUUUCCUGAGCCUGGUCCUGUGUGACUGUGGCCUGGUAUCACGGCUCAGAGAGCCUCUGCUUGUCAUUUCACUGCAGUGAGUGGGUCUGCCAGCACAUCCUGUCAUAUCCCACCCAGGUGAGCCCAUAACCUGGCCGGGACCAGUCACCGCUAAGCAAACUGAUUGUACAGAGCUUUAUUUAAGCAGCAAAAUACAGUAUAAAUAUUUUGUCAAUGCAGAGUUCUACCAAACCUGCGUUUCUCAUCAGGAUCCAUGGCUGUCUUGUUGGGAGCUUAGGUACCGCUGUGGAUUUGAAUGCCAAUCUGUUAAAGGCAAUUGCUGAUAAAUAUUUAUUGUAAAAAAUAAAUAAAUAUUGAAAAUAAAACUUCAGAAAAUAAAAUUUUCCAAGCCUUUUA